AUGACGGGAGCAGCAGAACGAACUAUAGCAACAACUGAAAGAAAAAGAGCAACAACUGCCGUGAGCACACCGACAGCUGCAAAGACAGACGUCACCACUGCCACCAAUAACAACGUGGCUCCGCUGACGGAAUCUAUCGGUCGCGAUGGCUGUGGCUCUACAAAGCUGUGUGCAGCUGAGCCCACUGAGUGUGAUCCAUCAACAGGAACAGAUUGUUUCUUUUUUUCUGCAAACCAAACGUCUGGUGGGAAUUUUGAAUUUCAACUCUCAGGCUCUAGUGCUGGGUACAUAGCCGUCACCUUAUCAACUGACGCCACCUUGGGGGGCAACGACACCACGUAUGUUUGUGCCAAUGAUCGGGGCAACGUCAGGUUCAUAGGUGCCUUUCUCGACAACCAAGAGCUGAGCCAGACAUCAACAUUGAAUGCCAACGAGGUGAAAGGAAGAGUAGAUAAUGGGAAUGAAAUCCUCUGUACAUUUAAAGCGACCGUUCCGGCCUCAGCGUCGAGAACAACUGGUUUCACAAUUGCACUGUCAAAAGGAUCCUACAAUAGCACCACUGGUGCACUUGGAAACCCAGACACAGUGUUUAAGUCCCCCACUCUGGACUUGUCAAACAGCAACGCCGAUGUCACCAACGUCCUGGCUAACACCACCUCGAGUACCACCACAGCUACACCUACCACUCGCACAGCCACUGUUGUCUCCACAUCAAGUCAAGCUACAGUUCCCCAGCAGUCGCUGACACAAGCUCUCCUCAUCACUGUGAGCGUGUUGAGCCUGCUCAUGCUAUGAGGACCUUGACAGACAUGAAUGUAGCUUGAGAUGGUUCACACGUUCUGAUGGAAAAGACACACUGUGACCAGUCACUCACUGGUGGAUCAGACCGUCACAGUUGGCCUGGCUUCAUCUUCAAACGGUCGCGGUGUUGUGUAUGUUGUUGAUCGUCAAAAUGAAUCCUAAUGCGAGUGACGCCGGAAAAAGGCAGACGCAUUUUUGCUUUUGCACUUUUGCUUCAUUUUACAUUUGGUCUCAGUGAACACAUGUAUUCAGUUU